AUGGAGUCAGGGGGGGUCUCCACUUCUGAUAUGAUGAAAAAGCUCGCCGCUAUGCAAGAGCGGCUCGCUAAGGCCGAGAAGGCUGAGCAGCAUGCACGGCAGCAGCAACUACGGGCAGAAGAGAAGCGAAGAAGCGCUGAACGCCAGCUUGAUUCGUCACUCAAGCUCCGCUCAUCGCUUGCAUCGGCGUCAGACCGUGCUGCUAAGAUGAAGACUGUGGAUGUAUGCUUCGUGGUCGAUAUCACUCAGUCCAUGGACCCCUACCUUAACAACGUGCGCCAGAAGAUCGUCGACAUCAGCCACUGCAUCCUGCGCAUGAUGGGUCCUGGAACCUCCACGCGAUUCGGCUUCGUUGGGUACCGCGACUACGACGAUGAUGGCCAUCUAGUCGUGAUGGAUUUCAACACAGAUGUUGAACAUUGCAGGCGAUUCCUUGGCUCAAUCGAAGCGAAGGGCGGUGGCGACUGGUGUGAGGAUGUCGUUGGUGGUCUCGAGGCGGCGACGAAGCUUGAUUGGACAAGCAAGGUGCGCAUGCUGUACCUUAUCAGCGGAACGCCGAAUCAUGGUUCUCGGUUCCAUUCCUAUGGCGAGGGAGAAAAGUUUACGGAAGACGGUGCCGAGAUCUUCACUUAUGACGAUCACAGAAACACGAAGGACCAGUGGAAGAUCGAGGACAUUAUGAAGCGUUUUCUGAACUUGGAAAUCAAGUUCAUAUGCUUGGAGAUCUCCGCUUCAACAGCACGGAUGUUCGAGGACGGUGUUGGGUUGCCUGAUGGCAACGCAGACUGGCAUGAGGUUGCGUGCGGCGCUGUUUUUCCACGAGACUGUUUGGGCUAUCCCUCUUUCUCCUCCUCCUCCGCCUCCUCCUCCUCCUCGUGCGUGGACGCUGGCUUCAUUGGAGCACCCCCCAGUCAAGAGGUGAGGCCGCUUGCUCCCUGA